AUGACAACCCAAACAAUAACCCACAUCGUCCUCUUCAAAUACCGCUCCAACAUCACCUGGACCGACUUCGAAUCGCACUUCUCCGCCUUCUCAUCCCUCAAAGACCGCUGUCUCCGAAAUGGAAAGCCAUACAUGCUUUCGAUGCGUAUGGGCAAAAACCGCAGUUGGGAGCCCUACAGCAAAGGCAUGACGCACGGUUUCGUCCUCGAAUUUGCCUCCCAAGACGAUCUGGACUAUUACCUCACGCAAGAUCAAGUCCAUGCAGAGUUCUCGAGGAAUGCGAAGUCGUUCAUUGAAGACAGCGUGGUGGUGUAUAUCACGGAUGGAGUUUUGUUCGGCGUGGCGGCCCGACAUCCCUCCUUGAAGCGAGAAGGCGCGUAUGCCGGAUCGUGUCAUUGCGGAGAGUUGAAGUGGGCGGCGAAGUUGGAUAAGGCGGAGCAUGUUCUAUGCCAUUGUAGGACCUGCCAGAAGCUCGGAGGAGGACUGUACAGCUGCAACCAGAUCAUUGCGAGAGAAGAUCUCACAAUGCUACAAGGCGAACCCAGAGUGUAUACGUACAAAGGGGCCUCUGGGAAAGAUGUGCGGUGUUUCUUCUGCGGGACCUGCACGAGCCAUGUCUAUCAUCACCAGGACGCCAUGCCGGACAAGGUAAUUGUGAGGACAUUGUUGCUUGAGGGAGGGAGCCAGAUGCCGGCAACGGGAGAGAUCUUUGCUGAAGGACGCUUGCGGUGGGUGAGAGACCUGAGGGACUCGUUCGACACCCCUGAAGGUAGCGAACCAAGCGAAUAA